CUUCAAUCUUUUGAGCUGUCUGUUGCUGUAUAAACAUGCGCCCCUCGAGCCUCGGAAGCAUCCAAUUGCGGAAAUGUAUUCUACCCACUCUGUGGCUGCUGCUCAUUAUCUGGUUCUUCAAAACCAUCUUAUCGCGAUCAUAGCAGGGGCGUUCCAAGUUCUCCUUCAGCACAUCGAACUCCUCCUUCUCGAGGCACACUCUAAACGAUUUCUAUACCUCCCUCACACACACCACCCCCAAAGCGGAUCCCCAGGUCAAAGACGAGCUGUUGACAGUCAAUGUGAGCACUAGCAACAAAGCCGCGGUGAUUGUGGAAACGAGACGAUCCGGGGGAAUCGUGCCUUUGGUACUGCACUUCAGUGCGGUGCUUGGGCCAGAUUGGCCGGUCAUAAUUUAUACUUCCUCCGAGAACUUUGGGAGCUUCAGUACCUCCGCUGCUUUACUUCGAUACCAACGAGCUGGUCGAGUGGUUGUCAGGCCGCUGGCAGAGGGUGUAUAUUUCCCGAGUUGGGACUCGGUGUCUGACUUUUUGACGACGCCCUGGUUGUGGAGAGAUUUGGCACCGGCGGAACAUAUUCUUAUCUUCCAGACGGACAGUGUGCUUUGUGCGAACUCGGUGCGGAAAGUUGAUGAUUUCCUCGAGUAUGAUAUCAUAGGGGCGCCUAUUUUUCCCAAAUUCGGGGUCGGAUUCAAUGGCGGAUUGAGUCUGAGGAAAAGGAGUACGACAUUGAGAGUGCUAGAUGAGUGGGAAUGGGCAGCGAAUCCAAAACCACAUCCAGAAGACCAAUGGUACUUUGCUAGGUGAGCGCCAAUUAUCUCGCGAGUGUUCGGCUAAUUAACCGAUUUCAGAAUGCAAGAUUUGAAGGAGAGAGAGGUUGAUCUUGGCAUUGAGGAUGGCAUAAGUCUGCCAUCAGUAGAGAUUGCUAGAACCUUUGCUGUGGAAACCAUCGAUUACCCUCAUCCACUAGGACUACAGUGAGUGCUUGUGAUACCUAUCUGGAUGUACUUUUUAACUCUUUGAAAUCUAGUCAGCCAACGAGGUUUUCGUCGGAGCAUAUGAUGAGUCUGGACGAGUGGUGCCCAGAAUAUCGUCUUGCAACGACUGAUCAUAUUUCAUAACGUGAUGAAUGAACGAAUGUCA